AGUUUCUGCUAUUAUGAUGGAAUCAAUGAGGCUUGAGAGAGGCCUUGACCCAGUCACCAACAAAUCUCACUCCAAUGAAGUCGAGGUCAUCCUCGAUGCCAAAAUUAAAAUGCCUGACAGUUCUCCCAAAUUGGGAAAACCGAGGAAGAAGGAACUGAGCGGGAAGGACCUUUACCUGUGCCCCGUGUACAAAUGCGGCCUUGCGUGCGAGACCAUCUGUGACCUGAAGGAUCACAUCGAGAUGUGCGACAACCUCCGCUACAAUCGACCGCACCGGUGCCUGCACUGCGGGAAGGGCUUCAGCAAGGGCCUGGAGCGGCUGAGGGCAGCCGUCCGUCACAUCCUCGUGCAUGGGAUGCGGCCGUACCACUGCAGCCUGUGCAAGUUCAAGGGCGCCACUGUGAACACUGUUCAGGCCCACAUGGUGUCCCAGCACAAGGUCCACGUCCGGAAGGAGGAUUUCAAGCCGAGAAAUCCUCUGGAACAAGAUGAGGAAAAAAUAAUCUAUGUCCCACUGGGCAAGCAGGAGAACCACAUCUUGAAUAACCAUAUUAAAAAAAAGGUGAUAUCCCUUCCUGUGCAACUUAAGAUACCUCCAGUCAACAAUUGUGAUUUUUCAAAUGAGUCAGGGAAGCUGCAGAUAGUUGCAGACAAAUCUCCAAUUGCCAAACCCGAGUCCAAUCUUGAAGAGAGCAGUGAAGAAGCCCGUACUCCAGAUGGCUCUGCCAGCUUGGAGAAGUCUGUGAAACGGGGACUACGGGGGAUGGACCUGUAUCUGUGUCCCGUGUACAAAUGCAGCUUCGUGUGUGACACCUUCCAAAAGUUGAAAGAUCACGCCGAGAUCUGUGAUAAUCGCCGCUACAAUCAAGGUCACCGAUGCUCGCACUGCGGGAAACAAUUUGCCAUUGGACAGGAGAGGCUCAGGGCUGCCAUUCACCAUAUACGAGUGCAUGGGGUGCCCCAAUACUACUGCAAUCGCUGUGACUUCAAGGCUGCUAGUAUUCUUGCCGUGCAAGCCCACACACUCAGCAAGCACAAAGUUCGCACUCAAAAGAAAGAUUUUGAGCCAUUAAAUCCGUUGGAACAAGAUGAGGAAAAAAUAAUAUAUGUCCCGAAGAAAAGGCAAGGACGUCAUUCUCAGAACUCCUCGGAAGAAAAGGGACCCAAAGUCAAAAAGUUUGCUCCUGCAAUGACGUCAAUGCCACCCAAGACGGUGAAAAGUGAAUCUCAUACUCAUGAAACUGAUCCCAGUUGCAACGAUAAUGUCCCCAAAUCCCCUUCUCCAAUCCCAAGCAGAUCUGCCAAUUUGAAGAAAGCAAGCAAAAGGGGGCUGCGUGGAACAGAUCUGUACCUUUGCCCUGUGUUCAAGUGCAGCUUCAAGUGCAAUACUUUUGGCGACCUAGAAGCUCACUCGAGAGCAUGUGAUAAUCUUCUCUACAGUGAACCCCACCAGUGCCCGCACUGCGAGAGGGAAUUCGGCCUGGGACGGGUGAAGCUGAGGACGGCCGUUCGCCACAUCCGCUCGCACGGGGUGCUUCGAUACCACUGCACACUCUGCAGCUUCAAGGGUCCUACCAUUCAGGCCAGCCAAGCUCACAUGAUGGCCAAGCACAGGGACCACAUUCAGAUAACAGAUUUUGAGUUGAUGAAUUCCAUGGAGCAAGAUGAGGAAAAAAUUAUCCAUUUUCCAAGAAAGAGGCCAAGGAGUGGUCUAUCCUCAGACCUCAGUUUGCACCAGGACAACACCAAAGUAUCCAGUGGGGUUUUAAAUGGGCCAACUGCAUCAUCUUUAGUGGAUUCAUCUGAUAUCAUGCAAAAGAAAAGACCAGGUAUAAAAAGCCAUUUGAUGGAAUGCCCUUUCUGCAAUCAAUCAGUGAAGUCCACCUCAGUUCAGCAACACAUGAUGCGACACACUUUCCCCUGGGCAUGUGGCCAUUGCGGCCAGAAUUUCCGCAUGCGGAAGUCCGCGAUGGUCCACAACAGGGAUGACCAUCCCGACCUUGAUCCGUUCUUCGUGCAGGACCAUCAGGUGACCGUGGAUGCAUUGCGGACAUUCUACCAGCAUCAGGGGAUGGAAGAGUUCAAGUUUUCUGGCGUCACCUUCAAGUGCUCCCAGACGAUAGAUUCAGUGAGGCUUCAGACAGUCACAGAUGAGUCUCAUUCCAACGUGAUCGUGUCCAGUCUCGACUCGCAGAUCAUGAUGCUGGAUGCAUCCAUCGGGUCGGAAAGAUUGAGGAUACGGGGACUGAGCGGGAAGGAGCUGUACCUCUGUCCAGCGUAUGGAUGCAGCCUUGCGUUUGACAACUUCUGUGACCUGAAGACCCACAUUGAAAUCUGUGAUAGUCGUCACCACAAUCGGCCACACCAUUGCCCACAUUGUGGGAAGGAAUUCGCCACAGGAAUGCAGAGGCUGAGAGCUGCCAUUCAACAUGUGCAAGUGCAUGGGGUGCUGCGCUACCUCUGCAGUCUAUGUGACUUUAAGGCUGCCACCAUUAACUUUGUUCAAGCACACAUGCUGGCCAAGCACAAGGUCCAUGUACGAAGGAAGGAGUUUGUGCCUGUGGACCCAUUGGAACAGGAUGAAGAAAAAAUCAUAUAUGUCCCAAGGAAUAGGAGGGGUAUUGCCCCAUUUCAGGACCUUAGCGAGGAAAUGCCCUCUAAGAUGGAGAUAAAUCAAGGCGAAAGUUGUGUUCCUCCUAUGGAGUCAGAACAGCUUCAGAGAACCACAAGUGAAUCUGAUGCUAGCCCAGGAGAAUCCUUGCUCAACCAGAGUGCCUUACAAACCCCAAGCUCAACACCUAACAAUUCAGGCAGUUCAAAUUCACGUAGGAAAAGGGGACUGAGUGGAAAGGAUCUGUAUGUGUGUCCCGUGUGCAAAUGCGGCCAUACAUUCGAUACCUUCCGGGACUUGGAGGAUCACGCCAGGAUCUGCUGCAAUCUAAGUCUCGACGAACCUCAUCGUUGCCCGCACUGCGGAAAGGCAUUCGACCGGGGACAGAAGACCCUCAGGGUCGCUGUGGAGCACAUCCGCUCACUUCUGGGCUUAUUUGAUGCAUCUGAGGGACUAGUUAGUGCACUAUCAGAGGAGUCUAUAGUGGGUUUGCCAGGUGCAGCAAAGAAGCUUCCUCUUGACAUUGCCCGUGGCCUUAAAUUUGUUGAGGACCUUGUACACAGUAACCCUGUGGAUGUUCGGGGCCUUGGCAAUCUCAGUGGGGGUCUUCCCAGCGUCGAUGGAAAGACAAUAAAGGCUCAGAUUUGGGAUACAGCUGGACAGGAGCGUUACCGAGCCAUUACUUCUGCAUAUUACAGAGGAGCUGUUGGUGCUUUGCUUGUUUAUGACAUUGCAAAGCACAUCACAUAUGAAAAUGUGGAGCGAUGGUUGAAGGAAUUGCGUGAUCAUGCAGAUCAAAACAUCGUGAUUAUGUUGGUUGGGAACAAGAGCGAUUUGCGGCAUCUUCGAGCUGUCCCCACAGAUGAGGCUAAAGCCUUUGCUGAGAAGCAUGGCCUCUCUUUCAUCGAAACCUCUGCCUUAGACUCCACCAAUGUUGAGACUGCUUUUGUGAACAUCCUCACAGAGAUAUACCACAUAGUGUCAAAGAAACAGAUGAAAGAUCCCAUGGAUGACGAGAGCCCAUCGGCUAAUGCUCGUCCCCUCAUGCUUGAUCCACCAGAAAACUCUGACCUCCAGAUCUAUCGAAUCGUGUCAUCAAAGCAGGUGCGAGAUGGUCCUGAGGACGAAGCCCCUGUCUGUGUCCCCUUGUAUUUCUAUUCAUCUCCAUUUUAUGCCACUGAGAUCGGGGAUAUGCGCUCAGGUGGACUCACUCUGACCCCAGUACUUUGUGGUGCCAUUCCUGCUGCUGAUGUCUUGAUCUUGAAU